GAGAGAGAGAGUCUUCCAUCCUCUGGUUUACUCUCCAGUUGGCCGCAACGGUGGGAACUACACCGAUCUGAAGCCAGGAGCUUUUUCUGGAUCUUGCAGGAGGGUGCAGGAGCCCAGAGACUUGGGCCAUCUUCUGCUGCUUUCCCAGGCUGCAGCAGAGAGCUAGAUCGAAAGUGGAGCAGCUGGGUCUUGAACUGGCGCCCGUAUGGGAUGCCAGCACUGCAAGUAGCAGCUUAACCUGCUACGCCACAAUGCUGGCCCCAAUAUUUAUGAUUUUUUAAAAGUCUCCGCCAACUAGGAAUAGAAGUAUAUUUCCUCAGCCUAGUAAAGGAAAUCUAUGGAAAAACCUACGGCCAACAGAUAAGAUUAGGAGCCAGGCAAGGAUGUGGGCUUUCCCCACUUUGAGUCAGUGUCUUACUGGCGGUCCCAGCAAGCCACAGAUAGCCAGACAAAAGAAAGGAAGAAAUGCAGGUGUUACUUGUAGACAAAAUAGAUUGUCUUUUUUGAAAAUCUUAAGGAAUCUAUGUUGAAAAACUAGAAGUAAUAAGUUUAGUUAGUUAUAGGAUACACAGACACUAUAGAAAAAUCACCUGCACUUCUGUAUAUUGGUAAUAAGUAGGGAAAUGAAAAAAAAAGGCAAUAUAUAAUAGCAUAAAAAAUGUGAAAUACUUAGGGGUAAAUUUAGCAAAAUAUGUACAUGCAAUUGAAGUAUGCAACAUUGCAGAGAAAGACAAGUAAGAGAUACCCAGGGCUUUUCAAGAAGUUCAUGGAAAAUGAGUGCUAUGAAAAACUAUGUGUGGAUUUCAGAUUUUUUUUGCUCCAAAGAAAGUAUCUUAAUUCCAACUUCCACAAACUUUUUGCGCUUUUGAAAGUAAAGUGGUAAAAAAAAAAAAAAAAGAUUUAUUUGAAAGUGACACAGUGGAAUGGAGAGGGGGGUCUUCUUCCAUUGGUUCACUUCCCAGGUGGCCACAAACAGCCAUGGCUGGGCCAGGCUGAAGCCAGGAGCCAGGAACUCCAUGUGGGUCUGCCACAUGGGUGCAUGGGCCCAGCACUUGGACCAUCCUCUUCUGCUUUCCCAGGUGCAUUAGCAGGGAGCUGAAUCAGGAAGAAGUAGAGUAGCCGGGACUCAAACCAGUGCCCACAUGGGAUGCCAGUGUCAAAGACGGUGGCUUAAACUGCUGUGCCACAGUGCUAGGCCCUGAGCUCUUAUGUUUUAAAUGAUCUAUUCAAGGGUGUUUGUGUAGUAAACAGCCACAGAUGGAGAAGCUAGCGCCUCCCACGGAAGCUCUCCGUGCUUACAGGAGAGUAGAUGCCUGUCGGAGGGUACAGAGAAGAUUUGUUGCAACCUGUUAGGAAAGAUUGGCGUUCUCUCAGCUCUGGGGUCCUCAGUCACGAUGCUCUCCUGGCAUUUGUAACAUUUACCUGGGCCACUGCAUGCCUUCUGCCCUGUGGAACUCAGGGCUGUGGAGACACGGCUUCUCGCAUGUUCCUUGCUGUGAGUAAAAAGUCUUUUUCUCUGACUCAGGACUGCUGUAUCUUCUGCCAGGAUCCACCGGUUACUUUAUUGGCUUGCAAGGAGGGUAUCACACCUCAGAGCCCUCGCAGUCCCUGACAAUUUUGGCUCUGAGGAUGGAGUGCUGAAAGAAACAUGGCUUUCUGCAUGAGGAUGGAUAAGGUCGGGGACGGUGGAAAGACCCCCUGGCAUCUCAGGCACCUGAUCAACUUUCUAGCAGGAGAACGAUCAUGGAGGUGGUGCCAGCUGAGGUGAAUAGUUUGCUUCCAGAGGAGAUAAUGGACACUGGUAUAACUUUAGUGGAUGAUGAUAGUAUUGAGGCUGUUAUUGUUUCAUCCCCAAUUCCCAUGGAGACAGAACUGGAAGAAAUUGUCAACAUAAAUUCUACUGGCGAAUCUACAGCCACGCCCAUUUCCACGGAACCAAUCACAGUGUACAGUAACCACACUAACCAAGUUGCAGUGAAUACCACAAUUACUAAAGCAGAUUCUAAUACCACAGUGAAACCAGCUUUUCCAAGUGGCCUUCAAAAACUUGGUGCUCAGACUCCUGUGACUAUAUCAGCCAAUCAGAUUAUUUUAAACAAAGUAUCACAGACAUCUGAUCUUAAACUUGGCAAUCAGACCCUUAAACCAGAUGGACAGAAGUUAAUUUUAACAACUUUGGGCAAGUCUGGUUCACCAAUUGUUUUAGCACUACCCCAUAGCCAACUACCCCAGGCUCAGAAAGUUACAACUCAGGCCCAGUCAGGAGAUGCUAAGUUACCACCGCAGCAAAUUAAAGUAGUUACCAUUGGAGGGAGGCCAGAGGUGAAACCUGUCAUUGGUGUCUCAGCACUGACCCCAGGAAGUCAACUGAUUAAUACUACAACUCAGCCCUCUGUGUUACAGACCCAACAGUUAAAAACAGUGCAGAUUGCUAAGAAGCCUCGAACACCAACCUCUGGUCCAGUAAUCACGAAGCUGAUCUUUGCAAAACCAAUUAAUAGUAAAGCAGUUACAGGACAGACAACUCAAGUAUCACCACCAGUCAUUGCAGGUAGGGUUCUUUCACAGUCUACUCCUGGGACUCCAUCAAAGACCAUAACAAUAUCUGAAAGUGGUGUUAUUGGAUCAACUUUAAAUUCUACAACACAGACACCAAAUAAAAUAGCCAUCUCACCUUUGAAAUCGCCAAAUAAGGAUACCGCUCCUGCUGCAGACCUGUUGAGUGGUGGCUGCGUUUCUCUGCAGUCCUGUGCACCACCAAGCUUGGAGGCGGUGAAGUCAGCCGUGCAGACCAUCACUGUCGGAGGCGUGAGCACCUCUCAGUUUAAGACGAUCAUUCCUCUGGCAACUGCUCCCAAUGUCCAGCAGAUUCAAGUGCCUGGAAGCAAGUUUCAUUAUGUGCGCCUGGUUACUGCCACAACAGCCAGUAGCUCCACACAGCCAGCCAGUCAGAAUCCCAGUACAAAUACGCAGCCGCUUCAGCAAGCAAAGCCAGUGGUUGUUAAUACUACCCCAGUGCGGAUGUCAGUUCCAAUUGUUCCAGCUCAGACUGUCAAACAAGUCGUCCCCAAGCCAAUCAAUCCAAGUUCACAAAUAGUGACUACUAGCCAGCCCCAGCAGCGGUUAAUCAUGCCUGCCACACCACUGCCACAGAUCCAACCCAACCUCACCAACCUGCCACCAGGCACUGUGCUGGCACCAGCUCCAGGGACAGGGAACGUGGGCUAUGCAGUGCUUCCAGCUCAGUACGUUACUCAGCUCCAGCAGUCUUCCUAUGUGUCUAUAGCAAGCAACUCGAACUUCACUGGCACAUCUGGUGUGCAGACCCAGGCAAGGCUCCCGUUCAAUGGCAUAAUCCCAUCAGAGUCUGCAAGUCGGCCCAGAAAACCGUGUAAUUGUACAAAAUCCCUGUGCUUGAAAUUAUAUUGUGAUUGCUUUGCAAACGGUGAAUUUUGCAACAACUGCAAUUGUACUAAUUGUUAUAAUAAUUUGGAACAUGAAAAUGAAAGACAAAAAGCAAUAAAGGCAUGCCUGGACAGAAAUCCAGAAGCCUUCAAGCCUAAGAUCGGGAAAGGAAAGGAGGGAGAAUCAGAUCGACGUCAUAGCAAAGGAUGUAAUUGCAAGCGAUCGGGAUGUCUUAAAAACUACUGUGAAUGCUAUGAGGCAAAAAUAAUGUGUUCCUCAAUAUGCAAAUGUAUUGGCUGUAAGAAUUUUGAAGAAAGCCCGGAAAGAAAGACACUGAUGCACUUGGCGGAUGCAGCUGAAGUCCGGGUGCAGCAGCAAACGGCAGCGAAGACCAAGUUGUCCUCCCAAAUUUCGGACUUGCUCACUAGGCCAGCACCUACUUUGAACAGUGGAGGAGGGAAGUUGCCGUUUACAUUUGUCACUAAGGAAGUAGCUGAAGCCACGUGUAAUUGCCUUCUCGCCCAGGCCGAGCAGGCAGACAAGAAGGGAAAAUCAAAGGCCGCAGCGGAACGGAUGAUACUUGAGGAAUUCGGACGAUGCCUGAUGAGCGUCAUCAACUCUGCAGGAAAAGCAAAAAGUGACCCUUGUGCCAUGAACUGCUAACUCCUGCGCGGGAGCCGGCUGCACGGGACUGCACAGCAAACUGAGGGUGCGGGGACAUUGAUCCUCUGGAAGACAGUUCAGCAAUUACUGUAUUUUAAAUCAGUCCUUGUUUUAAGAGACCUGAACUUAUAAUAUUGAAAGAGAGGAAAUUUUAAUGAGGAAAUUAGUACAUUUUAAAUCUUAGUUAAAUCUCCUUAUGCCCCUUCUAAAUUGAAUUUUUCUUUGUUGUAUUAUAGAGUUUUAACUUGCUUGGGUUUCCUAAGAAUUAGAUGUUCUAUUCUUCUGAUUCUAUUGACAAAGAACAUUUAUAAAUUACUAUAAUAUAAUUUAUAAUAUAUGGCGUUGUAUGACUUUGUUCAGUAGAAAAAGCCAAAGCAGCAUUGGCAUUACCCAGUCAUUCUUUGGUACUAGAUCCACAGCGUAUACAGAUAGACUGUCUACGUAAAUUCUUAUGAAACGUAUCCUGAUGACAUGCUGUGUUGAGAAACGCACUAUUGUUUUAAGAAAAAUCAGCUUUUUAGGGCAAAUUCUCAAAUAAUAUCUUGUGGUCACUUUGAGAUUCUCAAAAGGGGAAGCAGUCCCCAGGCACACUUUUAAAAUAAAGGUUAUUUUUUUUAAAUAUAUAAAACAUUAAGGAACAGUAAAUAAUUCUCAGAGAAUGGGCAUUGUGUUUCUAGAUAAAUACUGUAGGAUGUCUCCAUUUUCUUUCAAAGAGGUGGUAUAUUUUUGAAAUGAUAAUAAAUUGAGUGAUUACUGGGUACUAUUAAAAUGAAAGGUGCUUGUUAAUGUAAGUAGAUUCUUAUUACACAGUAUAACAGAACCUCACAUCAUUAUCAAGUAUAGAAUUUGGCUCAGAUGGAGAAAUAAAGAAUAUUGAAUCUGUAAGAGAUGAAUUUAGGGGAGGGUUUUCCGCCUACACAUACCUCUUUGUAGACUGAAGUUCAGCUGUUUCAAACCCCUGCCCAACUCAUAGCUGACUUCCCGAAGCGGCCUCCUGAUAAAGCUUUCAAAAUUGUAGGGAAAUUCCCUCUGGAAGGAAGUUUAGUUAGGACAUCAUUGUUAGUUAGCCAGUGAUUCAGUACGCUGAGGGCGUGUUUUCAUAGAAUCACCAGUAUAACCUAAAUCAGUUUCAGAAAUUCAAAAACUAUGAAUUGAGGAGCCUGUUGUAAUAGGACUCUUGAUUUUACUACAAGAAAACAGAUGUUGGAAUUCAGGCAUUUCCUUCGGUACCUUACUCCUCAGUAACUGUUAGUGUGUGAUUAUGACACUUCUACAAGGACUCUACAGAUGGAUGUAUUGUGUAUAUAUGUUCCUGUGAACAUGCAAGAUAUAGGCAGUAGAUAUAAGUAAUCCAAAAGAGGACUCCGUUAAUUCAUUAAAAUAUCUUCCUUUUGAAAUUUGGAUUUAUAAGAUUAUAGUGCAGUAACUCUAAGUGUAGAUAGUGCAAACAUUCUUAGCACCUCAAUCUAGUCUGUUUAAUUAAAAUUUGUAUAAAUGUAAAUUAGUGUAAGAGAAUAAAGUAAUAUCUAAUCAAGUUAUUUUUCAAAAGAUUGCAAUAAGUUUUUGGUCUAAACUUAAAUUUUGUUCAUUUUGUACAUACUCUGUGUUAAUUCUAAUUGCCCUGUUGUGAUGUGUAUUUAUAUACAGUGUGCAGAAAGUGUUUGUGGAAUUUCAAUUCCAUUUGUAGAUUAUGUAUGAUGGCAUUGCUUGAGAAUGUUUUGCUUGUAAAAAUUUGAAGGUGCAAUCAAAUGCUACUAGUUUUUCUGAUUUUCGAGAAGAAGCUAUCUUAAGUAUUAAGCCUUUUUUCCUUCCUGGGUAGUACUUACUAAAUGACUUUUUGUAUUUAGGCAUUUGCAUCAAAUUGCUGAACAAGAUUAAUAGCCACAUUAACUCAACAAUUUUAAAAGACUUUUUGGGGAGGGUUGGGUAUAUAAUUUUUUAGCUCUAUUUACACCCCAAAGUAGAAAAAUUAAAUUUAUAUUUACUAGAGCUAUUCAAAGAAUACACUUUUCUAUAUUGUAAAAAACAGGACAGUGAAGAAAAAUCAUACAGAAAAAUAAACAUUUAUACUAUUCUGUAAAAAAAGAAGUUUUGCAUUUUUUCUUCAGUUUAAAUACACCACAUUUAACCACAUACAAGAACCCUUUCAUAUUAUCUAAUUCUCAAGUAAAUUUGACAUUACUUUUGAAAACAACUGAAAUUUUGCCUGAUUAAAUUGCUUUGAAAUGAGAGUAUAUAUUUUCUCCACUUUACAUGCAGAAACUCCAUCCACUUUCUUGUGUCACAAAGACCACCUUUCUUUAUUCCCUCCUCUAUGAAGAAGUAAAAGCAGCCUGUGGAUCUCACCUCUGCGCUCUGGAAAAUCGAACCUUAGUAGUAACAGCGGCACAGUGAUCUGGGGAGGGCAGGGGGCAUACUGUUUUGGCUUCCACAUUUUUGGGUAUUGGACAACUGACAUAUUCUCAAUCUUAUGUAAAAUGCAAAUAAAAAUACCAUUAGAAAAUUUUUCUAUUUUUAUUACUCUGUAACAUAAAUAGUUAAGAAAAUGAUUACCUGUUAUGUAAUUAGAGAGCUUCAAACCAGGUCCUCAGCCCUACCUUAACAACUUUAUAUUGGAAUUCCAGAGCAGCCACUCAAAGCGGGGGGAAGCCAGUUCGCCAACUUCUGUACUAUUGGAGUCAUUCUCUAUUAUGUAAGUUACUUAAGGCCUGUGUGUAUGUGUGUGUGUGUUCAUCAUACACGUCUUAUCAUCUGUAGAGUAAUAUGUAGCUUUAUUUGAUCCAAUUGAUGUUAUGAGGAAAACUAUACAGAAUUUUUUUAAUUAAAAUUUUCCUAAAUGGUAAA